UUUAAGACAAGAAAGGUUCUGUCGCAUAAAAUUCCGUGGAACCCAUUUAAUCCUGUCAUUGCUUGGUUGAGAAACCUGGAAGUGAAGUCGCAGCAAGUGGCCCCAAAGUCAGCCUAUCGAAGUCUUUGUGAAGAUGAAGUCGUUCAGUCUCCUAGCGACUUUGCUGAUCCCAGCUACCGCCUUGCAAAGAGGUGGCUCAGGAUGUGGGAAAGCACUGCCAGAGAGUCUGAGACCUGGAGGACCCUCCAAGAACCUAACGCUAGAAUCAAAGUCCCAGAUCAACGCCACCCUCUCCAGAAGUUUUCUAAUGUACAUACCGGAACACUUCUCAGCGAGCAACAACGACGCAAAACCAUUGGUUCUGGCUUUCCACGGACAAUCACAGCCCAACUGGUCGAUGGAACGCAUCACCAAUCUGUCCGCCCCGAACUUCAACAAAGACUACAUCGUCGCGUACCCAGCAGGUCUCGAUACACAGUGGCUAGGUGACCCGGCAGCACCUCCCUCGUCUGUUAUCGAUGACCGCAUUUUCGUUUCGGAGCUCCUCGACUACUUGACGUCCACUUUCUGCAUCGACGAGUCUCGCAUCUACAUUACUGGACUGUCCAACGGGGGUGGCCUGACGGGAUUGCUGGCUUGCGACCCAGCUAUCAACCGCCGUGUCGCAGCUUUCGCAGCCGUUGCGGGCGCCUUUUACGCCGAUGCCUCGCUCACUGAACCUUUAUUUGGCGUUGGAUGCAAGCCUGAACUUGAUGGCCGCAAGCUUCCUCUCAUGGAAAUGCAUGGUCUCAACGACAGUGUCAUCGCUUACGAUGGGAACAACAGCCCGGCUCCAGAUUCAAUUCCUCUUCCGAGUUGGGUGAAUUCGUGGGUCGAUCGGGAAGGCUGCGGACAGGUCAAUGCCGACGUACAGGUCUUGGAUGGUGGUAAUUUGACAAGGUCAGCUUGGAGCUGCGACGGGCGUAAUGAUGUCAUCGUGCACUAUAAGAUCAAUGAUUUCGGGCAUGGGUGGCCGAGUACGGCAUGGCAAGGUGAGCCGUUUGAGACGCUGAGACUGAGGCCAACGAGUUGGAACGCGACAGGCUUGAUCCUUGACUGGUUCGAGAAAUGGCGGCUAGCUGUAUGAGAUUCGAGAUCAUUUCAAUAGAUGCACACGGCCGCAUGCUAAAUCCUUGUAUAAAAUCACCA